AUGUCAAAAGCAGAGAGGCAACACCGUGUGACGGUGCUUCAUGACUACCUGCACUCCCAGCCAGAGCAGUGCAAAGUGCUUCGUUUUCAGGUGGCACAAGCAGUGAAGGCAGCCGUGGAGGCGGAGAAGACCUUGUACGACUCAGCUUACAGGAGUGGCCUGGCUGCCAAUGCUGCGAUGCAGGCCGCCCUGAAUCCCGCGCUGGCCUUUCCACCGUAUCAAGGUGAGCCAUUUGAAGCGGCGGCCGAUCACGUCAGCACAAAGGAUGUUGAGAGUGGUGCGGAGAAAGGUCUCCCGGUCUGCCAUCUCACUUGCCAUCAUCUAGGGGGCAAGAGCAGUGAUGCGGUGUCGUGGCCCUGGACUGAGAAAUCUGAAGCAUCAGCCUUUCUGAUGCUUUGA